AAGUGAGAUUGCAGCUGUAAUUAAGUUCAAUCCAUAAUAAUACUCAAAGUAGGACCGAUAAGCAGACACACUUGAAAGAAAAUUUGCAGCAACGUCCAAACUUGAGUGCUCAUACCUUCGUUAUAUGGGCAGUUGAUUGUACGUGUUGCCUUUUUUUUUUUUUGUUAGGUAAAGAAGGAGUCAGUUUGGAUAACUUUUGUUAGAAAACCAGAUUGCGAUGAGAUGUGCAUUUAUUCAUAGUUGUCGCAUGCGUCCCAUGCGGGAAUUCGGUCGUGAUAACUGAUUGUUGAGUUAUCAGUCACGGCCUUUGUACAUAACGUUGAGGCUCGUUUGUGGAUUACAUGUUAGGAGUGCUGUUAACAGAGAUAUAUAUCUUUUACAUCCUGAAGUGGAAUUUAUGUAUGAUUUGGUAGUCAUGUGGUGCUGAUGUAUUGGUAGUGACAUCUGUUAGUUGACAUCUUAGCUUCAGCAACGUCCGGACCCGUGGAACGCAGCAACUGCAGCAAGCCCUACAACGAGCUUCCGCAAAGACAAAGACUUUCAGUCGCAGGUACGCUCCUUCUUCUCCAAAGGUUCCUACACCAGAAUCCAUGUAGAAAAAAACGUUACUGAAGGGCACGGAAGUCACGCAUCAUCUCAUUUUCCUGGUCUGCGGAAAGAAAAAUAAGGAACAACGAUGUCUGACAGCAUUAGCGAUUCCAGUUACAUGGACGUCUGCGGAGUGAUGUUGGAGUGGGACGUCGCGACUGCCGCCAGCAUCGCUCACUCGGGUACAUUAAUCGGCGGCCGCUGGGUGCUUUCCAUCGCGGACACGGAGCUGCUGGACGAGGUGGGCACGGCGGGCGUGUGGGUGGUGUCGGAGGACGGCGGGCGGGCGCGCGCGGACUUCCGGUGCUCGUGGGCGCUGCGGCCGCUGCCGCUGGGCGAGCUGCGGCUGCGGAGCGCCGCCGCCUCUUCGGACCCGGCGCUGGUGCUGCACCGCCUGCCGGCCGGCCCGGAGCCCGGGGGGCCGCCGCUGGCCGUGGCGGUGGCGCGGCCGGAGCGCGGCGCGCCGCUGCUGCUGGAGGCGACGCCGUUCGCGCACCCGCUGCUGAUCAACGCGUGGGCGAGCGGCACCGUCGCCGCCGUCGCGGGGCCCCUCUUCCUCGCCGACGCCGCCGCCGCCCCCGGCUGCCAGGGCGCGCCCGUCUUCCUCUGCAGAGAAGGCGAGCGGCGCCAGCUGCUGGGCCUGGUACUGGCGCCAACCGCGUACUGGCGAGGGCAGCCGUUCCACUGCGCCGUGGUGCUGGCGCUCGCCGGCAUCCGCCUGGAGGCCGACGCCCUGCUGCCCUUCCACUUUGUGGUCAGCGCGCACCACGGCCCUGUGGCGCUGCCGCGGACGGUGGAGGGCGUGGUGCGUGUGGCGAGCGGCGGCGGCUGGGGCGCCGGCGUCCACCUGGGCGGCGGGCUGGUGCUCACCUGCUCACACGUCGUCAGCGAGGCGCGGGAGGUGGAGGUGCGCGCCGGAGCGGCCGCGUGGCGGGCGCGCGUGCUGUUCGCCGUGCCGGCGGGCCGCGCCUUCGACCUGGCGCUGCUGCAGCUGCCCGACCGGCGAGCGCUGCCGCCCGCCGUGCCCCUCGAGGACCGGCCAGCCGUCAAGGGCGAGCCGGUGCUGACGGCGGGCUACUCUGCGGGCCCCGGCGGCUGGCGCUUCGGCCCCGCGACGGUGUGCCGCGGCCGCGUCUCGCUGGUGGCCCGCGGCGCGCUGCACACCACGUGCCGCGUGCACGCGGGCGACAGCGGCGGCGCCGUGCUGCAGCCCCACACCGGCCGCCUGCUCGCGCUCAUCGUCUGCAACGUCGCCGCCGACGAGGACGCCGACAGCCGCUCCUUACACCCGCGCGUCAACAUGGCCGUGCCCGUCACCGCCGUCGCCGGCACGCUGCGCGCCUUCAUGCAGACACGCGACUUGUCCAUCCUGCAGCAGCUGGACUGCAAGGACGAGGCAGUGCAGCGCGAAUGGCGGUUGGACGCGAGGCGCUCCUCUCUGUGACGUCUGCUGGCCAACACGAGGGCAGCCACUUAACUCUCCUGCGGGCUGCAAGUUCACGGGCGUCGAUUUGUCACAUGCAGACGUCGCAACCUCCACUUGACUCUCUGGCACCACCGAAAUUAUUCGUUCUGUGGGAGAGCUGCUGCCGUAGGCAAGAAUGCAUUCCAGUGCCUUAUCCUAAGACUUCUAGAUGCCAGAUGAAGCGUCUCCUCGUGUAGUGAUGAGCAGAGAAACAAUUCACUUUGACAGCGACUUAAAAUGUGGGACUGUACAAACUAUGAAUGCAUUUUUCCUUGGUGAAUUUUUCCGGAUUAUCGACCGUGUAGCAGCGUCGUCUUGAAGCAAAGUUUCAAUAUGUAAUCUUCAGUUGAACUGAUGGACCCACUCUUUUUCACUGCAUUCGCUUCUCUGAUGAUGGGAAGGGUGCUUCCAGCCUUCGAGUUUGCUCUUUUGAUCCGAGCCUAUUAGGUAGGUUAUGCUGUGCUGACACCAUUUAUUUCAGGUAAUGUAAGGUCAGUUAUACCUCCCAGUUUGGAAAUUAUUUGUAGGUAUUAACAGGGACCAGCCCAGCAUUACAUGAUGGCCACAGGAAGCCUCCGAAAACCAUGGUCUCAGUAUAUAAGAAGUCGUCGUUUAUAAAUUCUGGAACAAGGCGUACCUCGUCUUGUUUGAGGGAGCGUGGGGCCGGCAAUCGAAAGGCAGAAUUCAGCCGUUGGAGAGUGGAGGUGGUGGCGAGCGAUUGAACAGCAUUCUUGGAGUUGCCAGUCCAAUCCGUCCGCUGGCAGCGGCACUCGUCGUGAAUUUGCCGCACAGUGCUGUACAUAGGUACAAACGACACUUCCUGAUUAACUAGGGCUUGAGAUCAGAGUCGCAGAAAUCAUUAGCUGCGUGGAGCCUUCUAUGUCGUUCCAUGGUUGGCUCUUGGGCACUUCGAUUAACGAUGCAAUGAAAAUACGGGCAAGUGACUAUGUAAUAAACUUGUACACGGGUUUUCAAGAAGAUCCACAUGGAGUGUCGCAUCACUGAAAAUUCGCGAACAAUGUUCCCCGCCGGAGAGUAACGCAAACAGAGAUAACAACAGAGGAAAGCGUCUCUCAUUCCCCACAUCCUCUACAAAUGUCAGCGUCUCCGACUUCUGAACUCACUGAGUCGGUCUCCCUAAUACUCCUUUGAGAGAAGAUUUGGUCCAGGAAGACUGUCGUCCUGCAGUAAUAAAGCACUGAGGACCUGCUCCUAAAGAACAAUAAAAUCAUAACCGAUCAAAAUGCUGAAAUGCUUCGGCACACGUUAAAAGCAGUACAUAAACUUCUAAAAUUCGAAGUAUUCGACAUCGGAACUGAGCGAGGUGGCGCCGUGGGAAGGCUCAGGACUCGUAUUGCGGAGGACGGCGGUUCAUAACCCGUUUGACCAUCCAGAUUUAAAUUUUCCAAGAUUUCCCUAAAUCUCUGAACCUGAAUACUGGGGUGAUUUAUUUGAAAAGGCAUGACUGAGUUCCUUCCCUAUGCUACUCCAACCCGAGAUGUACCUCGCCGCUAACAAUGUGGUCGUCUACGGGAUGUUAAACCCUCAUCUUCUUUUUACAUUUUAGACACCACAGCUAUCAGCGAACCACAAUACGAAGGACAUAAUAGACGGGGAGAAGAACUGAGCAGUAAAUGAAGCGACAAACUACUCCUAAGGAGUCUAUAUAAUAACGCUACGGCACGUACAACGGACUCUAUAGAAUAAAAUGGUCGAAACUCUCCGAUCACUGUUCGGCAAUACCGUAAAAACUGUGCGGAAUACCAGUCCAAUUAAAUAAAAUCAGCAAAAGAUAUCGUGUUACCAUUUCCUCUGCCAAUCAGUCGGUAAGGCAUUGUCCUUUCGGCCGUUAAAGUUCUUCCCAGACUAUUUGAAACAAUCACAAAAUAUAGAAAUCUCAGCUACAUCGAAGAACAGAGAUAAAGCGAACCCUAAGCUGCUUAUCGAAAUCUCAGUUAUGGCUGUCCCAUUCCAACACUAAACAGUUUUGACUCCCCCACUCCGCUAUUUAUAGAGAGAGGAUAGUUCUUCAUAAAGUUUAGUAUACCGGAUUUCAUGGACACCUUCAAAUAUUAGGUCGAACGUACAACAAGACAGUGCGUCAGUCAUCUGACUCUAGAUAGAAAGCAACAACAACAGCCUAUCGAGGAUGAAAAUUAGAUAGAGUACUUUGAAAGACCCCGGAAAGAAACCUAGAAGAAGAACAGCCAGGAGAAAAACCUUCUGAAGAACCAACCCUAAUAAAUCAUUAAUUAGAAUUAUCUCAGGAUAAAGGAAAAUACCGAGACCGCUACUCUUACUCUGAACAGAAAGGAAUAAAUCGAGAAAUAAGAAAUUACCACUAAUCCCUCUCAAAAUUAAAACAGAAAAGAGCCCUAGGCCUUCAUAUUUAUAAUAUUUUUAUCCGGGACUUCAAUUCUCACAAACAAAUUAAAAACAACUCCAGUCCCUCGGUUAAUGUCUGAACUGAGGAUCCCUUUCCAUUCACUCCCAAAUGGAAACGCUUGUUCCCAGUUCCCCAGGAUUUGGUUGAAAAGAAUCAAGCUUUACAAUGAGUUUUACCUAAAAUAGCUUGCACUGUAUUUUAGUGCGAAAUGUGAAAUUAAAAAGAAAUAAAUAAAUAGUCUACGUUUGAUGAAGACGAGUAAAAAACUCGUUGAGAGAUUGCUUCAAGACGACGCUCUUAGUCGAUUAACAGCUGGAGUAGAGUUCAACAGAAUUAUGGGUCUAAGAAACAAUACCUCCAUGCGAUACAUUCCCGUAAAACUGUUUAUCUUGAGCGUUACAAAUCAGUUUUCCUGUCAGUGCAGAACAGUCAUACUUCAAUCGAUUUAAGUAACAAAUGAGGUGGUGGAUAGGAAUAUAGGACGAGGUUUCAUAAAAAUAUGCUUCCGAUUUUUCCUUGGUUGGGGGUCACAGUCUUGAUAUACUUUUUGAAUUAAAUCCGAGUCAUUGCCGUCAUUUGACUGUAAGUCUUUCUUAUUUAUUUGUUUCACUAUCACGAUUUCGGUUAUAGAGACAUUUUUAAGUGCUCUGGUGAGAAAAAGUCAGUAACAGGUAUGUGAAUGCUGACUUUUUGUAGCACUGCACUCGAAAAUUCCUCUGCAGUCAAAAUCACGAAUGUGAAAUGGAUGACUAAUAAAAACUUACGGUCAAAUGGUGGCGAUGAUUGUUCUAUAUUUGAAACGCAACCAUUCGUAAUUUUUUAUAGUAUGGACAUAACUUUGGGAUAUGGUUUUUUCGUAUUUUUUUCGUACUGGGUUUUAAUAUCUCUUGCAUGUUUGUAACCGUUGUUGUUUUAUAAUAAACUGCAGACACAGUUUCUUGAAAUCUGUUUUUACAGUGUAAACGCAUCGAUUUGUAACCUUUGUUAAUUUGUAAUAAACUGCAAAUAAAUCUCUUUCAUAUUUUUCUUUUUACAGUGUA